AUGGCCCCGAGCCGCCGGGCAGCCCCCCUCGCCGCCUUGACGCCCCCGGGGGCCUGCACGGUCCUGGCGCUCUGCUGCUGCUGCUGCUGCUGCUGGCCCCCCGGCGGCGCUCAGGCGGCCCCGCUGGGCUCCCCGCAGGAGCCGGGGCUCAGCCUCCAGCCGCCGGACUUCAACCUGGCGGGGGCGGCCCGCCUUUGGGCCACGGCCACCUGCGGCCAGGACGAGAGCCGGACGCCGCGCCUGGAGCUCUACUGCAAGCUCGUCGGGGGCCCCGCCGCCGCCCCCGCCGGCCAAGCCAUCCAGGGCCAGUUUUGUGACUAUUGCAAUGCUGCUGAUCCCAACAAAGCCCACCCAAUAACCAAUGCUGUAGAUGGGACAGAGCGCUGGUGGCAGAGUCCUUCUCUCUCGCAAGGUUUGAAGUAUGAUGAAGUUAAUGUCACUUUAGACCUAGGACAGUUCUUUCACGUGGCCUAUGUCCUCAUCAAAUUUGCCAACUCUCCUCGUCCAGAUCUGUGGGUAUUAGAGAGAUCAGUAGACUUUGGGAGAAGUUACACACCGUGGCAAUUUUUUGCUUAUUCUAAGACAGACUGCUGGGAAAGUUUUAGAAAGGAGGCUAAUGUUCGUGUUAGAAGAGAUGAUGAUGUCAUAUGCACCACAGAAUAUUCCCGGAUUGUGCCUUUAGAAAAUGGUGAGAUUGUGAUAUCAUUGGUUAAUGGUCGUCCAGGAGCAAAUAAUUUCACCCACUCUCCUGCACUUAGAGAAUUUACCAAAGCAACAAAUAUUCGAUUACGUUUCCUCAGAACCAAUACUCUUCUUGGACACUUGAUAUCUAAAGCUCAACGGGAUCCCACAGUGACUCGCAGAUAUUACUACAGUAUAAAAGACAUCAGCGUUGGUGGGCAGUGUGCUUGCAAUGGACAUGCUGAUGUCUGUGAUUCAAAAAGUGACCAGAGCCCAUUCAGGUAUCAGUGCGUAUGUCAGCACAACACUUGUGGGGAAACCUGUGACCACUGCUGUGUGGGAUAUAACCAGAGACAGUGGCAACCUGCAACAGCCACCAGCACAAACCAGUGUGAAUCCUGCAACUGCCAUGGGCAUGCCAGUGACUGCUAUUAUAGUCCUGAGGUUGAGCAGCGUAAAGAGAGCCUAAAUCUCUCUGGACAGUAUCAAGGUGGAGGAGUUUGCAUUGAUUGCCAGCACAACACAGCUGGUGUAAACUGUGAGAGAUGUUCGAAGGGCUAUUAUCGUCCUCAUGGUGUUCCGGUGACAGCACCAAACGGAUGUAUACCUUGCAGCUGUAAUCCGGAACAUUCUAACGGCUGUGAGGAAGGAUCAGGUCACUGUUACUGUCAACCAAAUUAUCAGGGCAGGCACUGUGACCGGUGUGCCGAAGGAUACCAUGGCUUUCCUUUCUGUGACCGGACUUCUGUUUUUCCUGUUGCUACUCCAAGCCCUGAAGAUCCUUCAGCAGGUCAUAUACUUGGUUGUCGAUGCUACGGCUCAGGUGUGUUAAGCAGCAGCGAUUGUGACAGAAGAACAGGACAAUGCAGAUGCCGUGUCGGGUUUCAGGGGAUUGCCUGCGAUAGCUGUGCAACGGGGUAUUUCCAUUACCCUUUCUGCCAGACUUGCCAGUGUUCAUCCAUUGGCUCCUACGGUGACUCAUGCAAUUCAGCAACAGGGCAGUGUGAAUGUCGACCAGGAAUUAUGGGCCAACAGUGUGACAAAUGUCUUUCAGCCGCCCACCACUUUCCUCACUGUCAAGGUGUCAGCAGUGAAUGUGACCCUGCUGGAACUCUGGAUUCAUAUUAUGGCUAUUGCCAGUGUCUGCAAAAUGUAGAAGGUCCAACCUGUAGCAUCUGCAAACCACUGUACUGGAAUUUGGCUAGAGAAAACCCUGAUGGAUGCAUAGAGUGUCAGUGUGCUACAGAAGGAACUCUGAGUGGCGUCGGAGAAUGUCAGCAGGUGGAUGGCAAUUGUUACUGCAAACCAAAUGUUUGUGGUGACUCCUGUGAUACUUGUGAGGAUGGUUAUUAUGGUCUUGAAGGCUGGAAUUAUUUUGGAUGUCAAGGAUGCCAGUGUGAUGUGGGGGGGUCUGUAAGUCAUGUGUGCAGUGAUCAGUCAGGUGCCUGCCAAUGCAGAAGACACAUCGUUGGAAAGUCCUGCAAUGAGCCUGAAAAGAACUACUAUUUUCCUGACUUGCAUCACCUGAAGUUUGAAAUUGAAGAUGGUACAACUCCAAGUGGAAGAAGAAUCCGGUUUGGAUAUGUUCCUCAAGAAUUCCCUGGCUUUAGUUGGAGAGGUUAUGCACAGAUGUCCUCUAUACAAAAUGAAGUGAGGAUAACUUUGAAUGUGGAGAAAUCAAACCUCUAUUUAUUUCAUGUUAUCUUGAGAUAUAUUAAUCCUGGAAACACAGUAGUAUCUGGCCACAUAAUCGCUUAUCAGUCUCGGCUUCAGAAAGGGACUGCGCAGACCAAAGACAUUAUGUUCAUGCCCAGUAGGGAGCCGGCGUUUGUAACUGUCCCAGGAAGGAGCUUUGCAGAUCCAUUUUCACUCGCCACUGGAACUUGGAUUUUUAAAAUCAUGGCAGGGGAAGGGGUUCUUCUGGACUAUCUGGUGCUCUUACCUAGUGAUUACUAUGAAGCAUCCAUCUUACAGCUACCAGUUACAGAGCCUUGCACAUAUACAAGACGUGCUGCAAUGGAUAAUUGUCUAGAGUACAAACAUUUGCCACUGGACAGAUUUUCUUGUGUGCUUGGUUCAGAAGUAGCGUUUUUCCUGUAUGGGGGAGAGUAUAGGAAAGUCCUUUUCCAACAGCCAACAUCUCAACAUCCAAUGAUGUCACAUAUUAGUGGCCAAGAGGUGGAUUUGAACAUAAGACUGAAUGUUCUCCAAGUCAGCCAGUAUGUGGUAGUCCUGGAGUAUGUUAAUGAACACGAUCAAAUAUAUGUUGCUGAUGUAAAGAUUAACGACCCUGAGGAAGUGAUGGAGGCAAAGGUGUAUAUAUACAGCUGCAAAUAUAGCUUCCCGUGUCGCAGUGUUGUAGUCGAUGCUAUGAAUCGAGUGGCAGUGUAUGAUCUUUUGGCUGAUGCAAAGUUACAUCUCCAUGCAUCAUCAAUAGAUUUCUUCUUGCACAAAAUUUGCAUUAUUCCUGUGGAAGGCUUUUCCCUCGAGUACGUGGAGCCUAAAGUGCAUUGUGUUGCUUCUUAUGGCCCUACACCUGGUUCAAGUGCCUCAUGCAUCCCCUCAGAACAUGAAACACCUCCAGUUGCCUUGGUUUUGGAUGCUCAGAGGGAUGGGAAAGUUGUAGGAGUGGAAAGCAAUGCCUUCUACCAGGGUUCAGCAAGUUCUCCAUUACUAUCUUCUCACCUAGCCAGUGGCGUAACUUUGACAUCUUCACAGAACCAAAUUACCCUGAGCGGCAGAGUGAUGCAUUUGGGCAGAUUUGUAUUGAUCAUCCAUUUUUACCAACCAGAGAGCCCAACAUUUCCAGUGCCUGUUACUGUGGAUGCAAGGCGCAUCUGGUCAGGUUCCUUUAAUGCUUCAUUUUGUCCACAUACUACUGGAUGCCGGGAUCUGGUGAUGGCAGAAAAUCAAAUUGAACUUGAAAUCCCUCAACAUGACUUCUCAGUAACUUUGGAAAUUCCCAAUGGAAAAAUGUUAGUUUUGGAACGUGUCUUGGUUAUUCCGGCAGAAAGUUACAGUUACACUCUUCUUCACAAGGACACGGUUGACAAGUCGUUUGCUUUCAUCAAUCAAUGUGGUGGAAACAGUUAUCACAUUAACCCUAUGACUUCCUCAGAAUUCUGUAAAAAUUCUGCAAGGUCCCUCGUGGCGGCCUACAACAAUGGAGCUCUGCCUUGCAACUGCCACAGAAAUGGUGCCACGAGUCCUACCUGCAACCCUGUGGGGGGACAGUGCAGCUGCAAAGCCAACAUCAUUGGUCGGCGAUGUAACAAGUGCCAGACGGGGUAUUAUGGAUUUCCGUUUUGCAGACCUUGCACUUGUGGGCGGCGCCUUUGUGACGAUGUAACUGGGAAAUGUAUCUGUCCCCCUGAAACGGUUAAGCCCAGAUGUGAAGUGUGCUUGAAGCAGCACUUCAGCUACCACCCACUCGCUGGCUGUGAGGCAUGCAACUGCUCAAGCGAAGGAAUCGUCAAUGUGGCAGAUCCAGAGUGUGAUAAAAUUGAUGGGCAGUGCAAAUGCCGCUUGGGGAUAACUGGUCGACAGUGUGAUCGCUGUGCUCCAGGUUCCUAUGGUUUUCCUGACUGUAAACCCUGCAGAUGUAACCGAGGGGGAACAGAACCUGCCAUUUGCAACCCACAGUCAGGAGUUUGCCUCUGUAAGGAGAAUGUUGAAGGUACGCAAUGUGACAUGUGCCGUCCUGGAUCAUUUUACUUGGAUUCCACUAAUCCAGAGGGUUGCACCAGUUGCUUUUGUUUCGGAGUAACCAGUAACUGUCACAGUACAAAUAAACGCAGAGUUAAGUUUGUUGAUAUGAGGAACUGGCACCUAGAAGAAAUGGAUGGUACAGAUGUCCCUAUCAUUUUCAAUCCAAGCAGCAACAGUCUUGUUGCUGACGUUCAAGAGUUGCCUCCCUCUGUGCAGAAUUUGUACUGGGUGGCACCACCAUCUUAUCUGGGAGAAAAGCUUUCUUCAUAUGGUGGCUACCUGAGUUAUCAGGUGAAAACCUUUGGCUUACCCAGUGAAGGCAUGACCUUACUGGAAAAAAGACCUGAUGUGCUGCUAAUAGGAAAGCAGCUGAAAAUAAUCUACGUGGAUCCUAACAAUCCUUCACCUGGCAGACAGUAUUAUGGGUCGGUUCGGUUGAUUGAGAGAAACUUCAGACAUGCAAACACCAAUAAGCUGGUAUCUCGAGAAGAGCUGAUGACGAUCCUGUCUAGACUAGAUGGAUUACACAUCAGAGGGCUGUAUUUCACAGAAUCUCAGCGGUUAACACUGGGUGAGGUUGGACUGGAAGAAGCCAGCAGGACAGGAACUGGCAACAUUGCCUACAAUGUGGAGACCUGUUCCUGCCCUCCUCAGUAUGUUGGUGAUUCAUGUCAGGAGUGUAGCCCUGGAUUUUAUCGUGAGAACAAAGGCUUAUAUGCAGGAUGGUGUGUUCCUUGCAAUUGUAAUGGAAAUGCAAACACAUGCCAGGAUGGCGCUGGAAUUUGUAUUAACUGCCAACGUAAUACUGUGGGGGAGAAAUGUGAACAUUGCAAAGAAGGUUACUUUGGAGAUGCCAGUCAAGGAGCAUGCAGGGAGUGUCACUGCCCUUAUUCAAACAGCUUUGCUCUUGGCUGUGUGGAAAAUGGUGGAGAAAUGCAGUGCUUCUGCAAAGAAGGGUAUACUGGAGUGCACUGUGAAAGCUGUGCUACUGGUUAUUUUGGAAACCCAUUGAAAUAUGGAGGAUACUGUCAGAAAUGUAAUUGCCCUAGUAAUGGUCAGCUUGCAACCUGUGAUCGCCUGACUGGGGAAUGCAUAAGUCAAGAACCAAAAGAUGUAGAUCCUCAUGAAGAUUGUGAUUCUUGUGAUAGCUGCGUAAUUACUUUGCUGAAAGAUUUGAGUACAAUGGGCGAUGAGCUCCAUCUGAUUAAGUCCCAGAUGCAGAGUCUCAACGCCAAUGCCCAUGUGCUGGGCCAGAUGAAGAAUCUGCAGAACCGUGCCAUGGACCUAAAGACUCAGUUGAACCGCUAUCGUUCCACUAUUAAGACUCAGGGCACAAAAGUGGAUGAACUGGAGACAGACUCGAUUGACCUUAACCAAAAUGUCAAUGCUUUAAGAGAAAAGGCUGAAAUUAAUUACAGAAAAGCAGAGACACUGUUCAAUAAUUUUAGUAAAACUAACCAAAGAGGAAAAGACUUGAUUUCAAAGAUACAAAGUGUUGUCACCAAUGUUAAUGUUCUGCUGGAACAGAUAGCUGACAUUUCUUCAGAAGGAAAUUCUUUGCCUGUGGGAAAUGCUGCCAAAGACCUGGCUCGAGCUCAGGAAAUGGUCACAGAGAUGCGAAACCGCCAUUUUGGCCAACAGCUGUUAGAAGUGGAAAAGGAGAAAAGAAAAGCUGAGAAUUUGCUGGAUCGUGUAAAAAAUGAACUACAAAAGCGUCAAGAGAAAAACCAUGGGCUAAUUAAAAUGAUAAGGGAUUCAUUAAAUGCUUAUGAAUCCAAACUCAGUGAUCUUCGUGAAUCUCUGAAGGAAGCGAAAGAAAAAACCAAACUGGCUGACACUUUGAAUGGAGAGAAUAAAGUCCUCCUGGAAGAUAUUAAGAAACGAACUGAAGAGAUGACUAUUCAACAGAACAAUAUCUUGGAUCAUUUGAGUUCUGCUGAAGCAGCUUUGUCUCAAACGAACAGUAUAUUUGGACUACUGCAGAGGAGUAAGGAGGAAUAUGAAAAUUUAGGGGCCCAGUUUGAUGGUGCAAGGAAGGAUCUGUUGGAAAAUCUGAGGAGCCUUUCUUUAGCUGGCAGCAAGACGGCUCUUGUGGUGAGGGCUGAAGAACAUGCUAACUCCUUACAAGACCUGGCAAGACAGCUGGAUGAACUCAAGAAAAAUGCAAGUAAUGAUGACCUGGUGAGGUGUGCUGUGGAAGCCGCUUCUGCCUAUGAUAAUAUUAUCAAUGCCAUCAAGGCAGCAGAAGCAGCCGCCAACAAAGCAGCCAAUGCCGCGGAUUCAGCCUUAUCAACAGUGGACAAAAAUGACCUAGCAGGGAAGGCCAGGAGACUGAAGACUGACAGCAGCAAUCUGUUAGAUCGAGCACAGAAGGCUCAAAAGACAUUGGAAGGAAUCAAUCCAGCACUCAAACAAGUAAACAGCAGAGUUGAAGACGCUCAGCGCAUGAAAAAUUCCAUACAGGGAGAACUUGCAACCUUCCAAAAUGACCUUCAGGGGAUAAACAGAGAGGAUAUAGACGGCAUGAUUACAAAUGCAAGGGACAUGGUCCAAAAUGCCAAAGAUGUUACUGCCAACCUACUAGAAGAACUGAACCCAAUUAAAAAAGAUGUUGAAAAUAUAAAAAAUACAUAUGAAAGCAUGCAUAGUGCUGACUUCAACACAGCUUUGAUAGAGGCAAACAAUUCAGUAACAAAUUUAACAAACAUCCUCCCGGAUCUAUUUAACAAGAUUACGAGCAUCAACGAACAACUAAUGCCAAUAGGUAACAUAUCUGAGAAUCUGAAUCGCAUCAGAGAGCUCAUCCAUCAAGCUAGAGAUGCUGCAAACAAGGUUGCUAUUCCCAUGAGGUUCAAUGGCAGUGCUGGGGUUGAAGUUCGACCUCCGGGCAUUCUUGAGGACCUGAAAGGCUACACUUCCCUUUCUUUAUUCCUUCAAAGACCUACCUCAAGGUUGGAUACCCCACAAACUUCCAACAUGUUUGUUAUGUACCUGGGUAACAAAGAUAGUUCCAAGGACUAUAUAGGCAUGGCUGUUCGGCGCAGCCGUCUUAUUUGUGCCUAUAGUUUAGGCGGCAAUGAAGCUGAAAUAGAAGUGUCUGAACCGGUGUACCAGAGUGAGACCAAGGAUGCCAUUUUGGAUCAUGUGAAAUUUGAGAGAAUCUAUCAGUAUGCAAAGCUGAAUUAUGUUAAAGGGGCAACCUCUUCUUCACCCUCAAGCCUUGGCCCUUUUAAUAGCAGCAGUGGAAGCAGUCACACCCUCCUCAACCUGGAUCCUGACAAUGUGGUCUUCUAUGUUGGAGGAUACCCAGAAGACUUUAUACCGCCUAGAAUUCUAGACUACCCCCGUUAUGAAGGCUGCAUCGAAUUAGAUAGUUUAAAUGAAAGAAUAAUCAGCCUGUACAACUUCAAGAGGACUUUUAAUCUCAAUACAACAGAAGUGCAACCGUGCAGAAGAUAUGCAGAACCAUCAGCUAAGACUUAUUUUGAAGGCACAGGUUACGCUCAUGUUAAACCUGUUUUGCCAGGUACUCCUUCAUCAAGAGUUCGAUAUGAGCAAACUAUUCAGACAACUGCAGAUGAAGGAUUGGUAUUUUUUGCAGAAAACCAGGAUGACUUCCUUAGUUUGGAGAUUGAAAAGGGGCAUCUAGUAAUCAGAUACAAAGUUGGUUCACAACCUCCAGGAGAAAGAAUAUCUGGAGUGGUUGUGAAUAAUGGAAUGGAUCAACCAAUUGGUAUAGUCAUUGUUCAGAGCAAGAUUGUCCUGGUUUUAAAGUCUGUACAGCCUUUAGAAAUAGAUGUAGCUUUGUUUCGUUUCGAUUCAUAUUAUUUGGGUGGAAUCCCGACAUCUCUAAGAGAACGUUUUAAUAUAUCAACACCUCCAUUUCGUGGAUGCAUGAUGAAUUGGAGAACCUCUUUCGAUGCUUCCCCUUCCUUCUCUGAUACUCUUGGUGUCAGCAGGAAGUGUUCUGAUGAUUGGAAGCUUAUAAGGACUGCAACUUUCUUCAAGCGUGGAGUACUUAGUUUGAGUGAUGAUGGUUUCCCAUUUCCCAAUGAUUUCCAAGUUGGAUUUGGCUUUUGUACAUUGGUGCUCGAUGGAACGUUAUUAAAUUACAAUCUACGGCCUGAUGUGCUUUCUGUUCUCCUGAGGAAUGGCUCUGUGAUUGUAAGGUUAGCUGAUGAAGAACAUCAGUCUAGCAAGAAAUAUGAAGCUGGCACAAUGCAUUAUGUAACAGUGAUGAAACAAGGCGACACACUAAGGUUGCUUGUUAAUGAUGUGCCUGAAUCAACAAUAGAGGGAACCUUUGGAAGGAAAACUUCAAGUCGACCAAUAGAAAUGGGUGGGAAUAAUUUUGAAGGUUGCAUUUCCAACAUCUUCAUACAAAGAACGGGACACAGUCCUCAGGUUCAAAAUCUAACAAACACUUCGAAGACUCCUGAAGUGUCCUUAGGAUCCUGUAUGAUAAAGAAGCCACCACAGCUGAUGCUGCUGAAAGAAUUAACAGAUGCCCACCAUUCAAAGGUUUUGAAGAAGAAAAAACCCACAAUCUACUUGACAGAUGCAAGCAAGAAGCAAAACAGUGACAACUAUCCCUUAGGUGCUCCGUUAAAUUUUGUCACUGGAGCAUAUCACUUUGGCAAUACCCCUGGCACUCAUCUGUUGUUUACAACUUCCCAAAUAUCAUCAAGAGACAGGUCUCAUUUUGCAAUUGAGGUACGGACAUCAUCAUCUGGAGGCUUGAUCUUCUUCAUGGGGAAAAUGCUACAGAGCAGCUACAUGGCUCUUUACCUUUCAAAAGGACGUUAUGUCCUUUCUUUUGCCGCUGAAGAUGGGAGGAAGAUAAAAAUAAAAAGCAAAGCCAAAUACAAUGAUGGGCAGUGGCAUAAUGUGGCAUUCAACAUUGGUGAAAAGAGAGCGCGUCUUGUUAUUGAUGGCUUAAAGGCUCGAGAAGGCAACAUUCCACAUAAUUACUCUGCCAGUAAUGAGUUACCAAUCUAUCUAGGAGGGGUUCCUUCAUUAAGAUUGAAGAAUGUACCCAAAAAAAGUUUUGUGGGUUGCCUGAGAAACUUUCAUGUGGGAGUAAAAGUCUCGCACAUUCAUCAUCAGAACAAGGGAGUUCUGCCAUGUUUUGAUAACACAUUGGAAAAUGGAGUCUUUUUCUUCAAUGAAGGGGGACAUAUUGUCCUUGAAAACUCUUUUUCGAUGGACUUGGAAUAUACAAUCAUAUUUAACAUUCGUCCAAGAAGUUUAACUGGUAUUUUAAUCCAUACUGGCAAUAAACAAAGGAACUACUUAACUGUUUACGUGGAACAAGGCACACUCAUUGCCUCUGGAAAUAACGGUGCUGGAGAAUUUUCAACGUCCGUCACACCUCAGCAGCCUCUGUGUGAUGGGAAAUGGCAUACUGUAGCAGUUACUCAGAAGCAGAACAUUGUUCAUCUAACUGUAGAUUCAAAGAGGAAUUACACAAGUGGACCAUCAGCUAUACUUCCUACCAGACCAGCCCAACCACUUUAUUUUGGGAGAAUUCCAGUUAAUUUGAAAACCCCAUGGCUUCCUGUUCAGGACGUGUUCCUUGGCUGCCUGAAGGAUGUUAAAAUCAACGAGAAACCUCACUUAGUCAACAAAAUGUCAGACAUUCAUGGUAUUGUCAGCUUACAAGGGUGCCCUGUCAAUUAACAGUCUAC